AAAUUCAAUUAACCCGUCCAUUCUCUCUCUGAAAGUACGUGCAUUUUUUCCCAAAAUCCCAAAAAAUAUCCCUCAAAAUUAAUUAAAAUUCCCUCUGUGUCCUUUCCUCUGCAUUUUCCACUCUCACUCUCUCCGUCAAAAAUACUCCGUCGUAUUCACUCCUUUCGCAAGCUUUCUUCGCAGAGCCAUGGACGGAGGAGGACAGUACAAUCCUCGCACGGUCGAAGAAGUUUUUAGGGAUUUCAAAGGCCGACGGGCCGGCAUGAUCAAAGCUCUCACCACAGAUGUGGAGGAAUUUUAUCAGCAGUGUGACCCUGAGAAGGAGAAUCUGUGCUUGUAUGGAUUUCCUAGCGAGCAAUGGGAAGUCAAUUUACCAGCAGAGGAAGUGCCUCCAGAGCUCCCAGAGCCUGCAUUGGGUAUAAACUUUGCAAGAGAUGGAAUGCAAGAAAAAGACUGGUUAUCUCUAGUUGCCGUCCAUAGUGAUGCAUGGUUGCUGGCUGUUGCCUUCUAUUUUGGUGCCAGAUUUGGAUUCGAUAAAGCUGACAGGAAGCGGCUUUUUAAUAUGAUAAAUGAACUUCCAACAAUAUUUGAAGUUGUCACUGGCACUGCAAAGAAACAAGUAAAGGAGAAGACGGCAGUUUCAAAUCAUAGUAGCAACAAAUCCAAGUCGAACACUAAAGGGAGGGGGUCUGAGUUGCAGGGAAAAUAUUCGAAGAUGGUGCAGCCAAAAGAUGAAGAGGAGGGCGUAGAUGAGGAAGAUGAAGAUGAGCAUGGUGAGACUUUGUGUGGCGCAUGUGGAGAGAACUAUGCAUCAGAUGAAUUCUGGAUCUGCUGUGACAUAUGUGAAAAGUGGUUCCAUGGGAAAUGCGUGAAGAUCACUCCAGCUAGAGCAGAGCAUAUCAAGCAGUACAAGUGUCCAUCUUGCAGCAACAAGAGACCUCGACCUUGACAUUGCCAUUGGGCACAAUUCAUCUUUCAUUGUACUCUUCUACCGGAGGACAGUGCUAAUUGCUUGGUCAGUUAGGUUUGAUCUUCUUCUUUCUAUUUUUCUCCCGGCUGUAUCUAGUGCAAAAUGUGAAUGGAGUACACAGUUUUAGGGGGUUCUUACUCAAGUAUGAUACUAUUUAUUUGUAGUUUGGUGAAAAUAUCUAGCUGUUCAAUUGGAAAUUAAGAUGUAGUUCUGUUUCCUCCUAAAACUUGUGGAGGCAAGACUGUAUGGCAGACUAAGAAGACCUUAGCUAUUUUUUAGCUCAUCCUUAAUCCUUGAAAUAUAAGUCAUCGUUGCUAGGA